AUGGCAACAAAUGAUUAUAUUCCGCUUGAUUUGGCCAAUCUUCAUCCACCGGAUGAGAGUUUGUGUGAAGCGGCCGGGCAACUUGGUCUAUUCACACUGUACUUGAUACAGGGUCAUCUCUUGGUGUUGAGAGUUUUCUUUGGCGGUCAACCAUGUAUGUUUGUUUUCUCCGCGAUCUAUUGUCUACCACUGAAAAUCAUUCAUCUCUGCGUCUCGACUUGUCUCUCCACGACUCUUUUCAUGAUUCUUCUUGAGCGUGCCAUUGUCGUCUUUUCUCAGCAUCAUUCCCCAUUAAGCAAUUCGGUGGCGAAAGGCUUCAUUUUUCUUGAACUUCUCGGCAUGAUCGGUAUCAUAAGUUGGGCUUUGUCUACAGAGCUUCGUUAUGAUUUUCAAGUUCUUCACUGUAUGGAGGAUACGCCAGGUUUCCUCCCAAUCAUCAUUUACCAUACUCUUAUCAUCUAUUUCUUCAACGGUUUUUCCCUUAUUCAACGCGGUAUGAUUAUCUCGGAUUACGUCACUCGGAAGAGCAUUCAGGGACUCGGAAAUAUUUUGCCAUAUUACACAUUGACAUGUCCGAUUUUGUACGUUUGGGUGUUGGGGAAGUUGAGAGAAAGGUGGGCUGGUGUUCUC